UUGAUUUACAUAAUAAAUAAUUCCUUUCAAAAAAUGCAAGCUCCUCAACCUGGUGGAUAUAUUGGCCAACAGCAUGUGCAAGCCCCAAACCUUACCGGUGCAACAGAAUCAGUCCAAGUAGUAUGCCCACACUGCAAGGCUCCAGGAAUGACGAAUACGAGGAAGGAGGCAUCUUCAACGCAGUGGAUUUUAUGCGUAAUUUGCUUCCUCAUCUGCUUCCCUUGUACUUGUUCCCCAUUCUAUUUCCCAAACUGCUACAAGAUAACACACACUUGCCAGUUUUGCAACAAUGUUAUCGGAUCAAAUAAGAAUUAAGUUA